CCCUCCCGCCGGCCCCGCCGCCCGGGGCCCGGCUGGGCUCGGGGCGGGAAGGGCCUGUGAGGCUGGAGCGGCUGCAGGUACGCCGGGCCUUUCCGGCCAAACGUGCUCGGGAACAGUGCUGGUCGUCCCUGCCCGCGCCUCAGCGAGAAACCCGGGAAAUGGCCAAGGGUUGGUAAAUGAAGCGCCCGGCACGGCGCUGGAAGCGCUCAGGGUUCCUCCAGCAGUGCACCUCGCUAGGGAUUGUUAAGAAUUAAAAUAGGAAUUUAGGCCAACUGUGUGGAAAAAAAAGUUACUGAUAAUCUUACCCCGUAUGUCUGUAUUGCCAUUCAAAGUUAAUAUAUCUUAAAAUAGGGACGUGAAAGUUUACAACAAUGUAUAAAGUUGCGAGCACUUUCAAGAUUAACUAAGACUUGCGCGGAAGUAUUUACAUCCUUUGCUAGGUUUUAAUGCAAAGCAGUGAGGAAUUGGGUCAGUAAUCAUAGAUAUAACAGGAAGUAAUGGAAGUUACUUGACUGGCUGUUGAGAAAAUUCUUGAAACCGGAAAAACUGAUGUUCCCUUUAUGGACAUCUGAAAAAAAAAAAAGAGAAAUUGACCCUUGAGAAUUCUGAAGUCCUGAAGAAGCUGCAACUCCCGGGAAACGGUGUGUCCUGGGGCAUGCGCACGCUGGGUGACAGUGCAGGGGCACGUGGAGCGCUGCGGCGGGUUCGGGGUGAGCGGCGUCCGCCAGCGGCUCCAAUGCAGGAAGGUCCUGGGGAGGGUGUGUGCUGCUGUCACCACCUUGAUAACGUUACACUGAUGGAAUCAUGUGAACAGUUGAAGAACAUUCAAGUUUGCCAAAGGUACCUCAGAAUUGAAUUCUUCUUAAUACAGUGACCAUAUAGGAUCAAAGAAAAAUGGUCUUCUGUUUUUCAAACACUUGAAUUUGUUGUUUGUAACAACAUGAUUUACUGUGAAAACUGGAAGAAGAAUCUUUCUGGGCACUUUAAAGAUAGCUGGCUCAAUGUUGAAGACCAUGAUUCUCUAGCAGAAGCACUUGUUACAGAAGCAUGGAAAAGAUUAGAAAGGCUUAGUUUGCCAGCUCUAUCUAAAUUCACACUGUGCUUAUACAAGCAACACAGGCAUUUCAAUCCCAUAAUUGGCCAAGUAGCUCAUAUUGUGGACAUGAAGCUGGAUUCUAUACAGGAUGUAAGGAUCUUGUCAGUUUUGAUGGUCGGCAUAUCUGAUGUUAUCUCACAGAGUUUUCGAGAUCGAUUACUACACAAGGCUGAACAGCUGUUGGAAGAAGAGAAUGAAGGCCACUUCAACUAUGCCAAAAGAAUGCUACAGUUUCUUCAAAAUGUUAAACUGAAAUAUCAUCCGUUGCUAGAAAAAUGCAACAGGAUUUUCCUUAAAAGUGCCUCCCGUCUUGAUAUCCACAGUAUUAGUAAUAUUUUUGGACUGUACGAGCAGCUGGGUUUUGACAAUGCUGAAUUCCGCUUGGUUGCUAACCAGCUGCUGUCUGAAACUAUAGAUGAUUAUUACGAUCCUGAAACCUUUGCAAAAUUAUUUUUUGCUCUUGGACCUAUGGCAGGAUCCAGGGUAAGAGAAAGGUUGCUAGUAACUGCAGCACACAUGGCAGAAGAAUUUAGCAGUCACCAGGUAUUGGUGAUACUGAAGACAAUGCAGAAAAUGAAAUGCAGAAAUUCUCAUCUACUUGAAAAAAUGGCUUCUGUUCUGCACAAACACUUGGAUAGUUAUCAUGUAUUACAGCUGGUGAAGUUAACACAGUACCUGACAAGGUUGCGAUGCCACAAUCUGGAGCUGUUUGCCAAACUGAAAAUGUUACUAUUAGGUUAUUUAAAAUCUAGUGUGAUACCUGCUGAUACUGCAGCCAUAAUUCGUGUUCUGGCCAUGCUGCCUUCUUUUCAAGUGGAGGAGAUGAUUACAAACAAAGCAGCAGCAGUUCUGCCUCAAUGCAGUCUCCAUCAUUUGAAUUGCAUUGCUACAGCUCUUGUCAAAUGGAAUCAUCAUGACCAGUUGCACUGGCAAAACAGUUCUGAGCUAUGUGCAAAGCUUCUGCAAAAACUAAAUGACUGUGGAUUUGAGAGGCUUCAGAAAACCAACAGCUUAAAUCUUCUGUUGGAAGAACUUACACAUGUGAAUGGAGAGUGGUUUGAAGAAGUCCUGAAUGAGGAAACUGUGGCCAUGUGUCAACGCUUGAUAGACCAAAUAACAUGGACAAAUGUAUUACCGCUGUCUUUUUUCCUCAAAAAAAUAAACCACCGUUGUCCUGCCUUAUUUGACAGAAUAGCUUCUGUGACUAUUGAAAAUACAGACAAGAUCCACCCCUCUGAAAUCUAUUUUAUUCUCUUCCUUUUCUCUGCUUUGAAUUAUGACAAUGAAGAGUUCUUUAAGAGUUGUAUCCAACAUCUUACUUCUAACUUGAGUUAUUUUGAAAUUUAUCAGUUGGUGCUGCUUGGUCACAUUUUGGCAGUGGCUGGGUAUUUUCCUCCAGUUCUGAUAACAACGAUAUUUAACGUUUCUUUCCUAAGCAAACUGGAUGCUCAACUUAAAGUCCUGCCUGUUACCCUAAAGCAGAGGGUCUGCUCUCGCCUCAUGAAGUUGAACAGAGCAGUCUGUCUGGAAUGCCCAGAGUUUCACAUCCCUUGGUUUCAUGAGCAGUACUGUCAACGUGUCUUUCAUAACAGCAUGAGCCGAAUAAAUCCACUGCGACAGCAUGUUCACAGAAUGCUGACAGAGAUCUUAGGAGGGAGCCAGUACUCCAGAAUAUCUGUUCUCACACCAUACUACUAUGAAAUAGAUUUUGAGUGUGUCCUGGAUGAAAAUAAAAAGCCUCUUUCCUACAUGGCUCAGAAUAUACCUUUGGAUGAUGUGGGGGGAAUACACUUGAGACAUGACAUCAAAGAUGAAGAGAGGAAGGCUCUGCCACCAGGAGCUCAGAGAAUUGCUUUGGAAUUUCUUGAUUCAAGAGCUUUUAGCAGAGAUUAUUCACGUCAUCUGAAAGGAGAACCUGCAGUGAAAAAACGACACCUGGAAAUGCUGGGAUACCGAGUAGUUCAGAUUCCUCACUUUGAAUGGAAUUCUAUGGUUCUGUCAACAAAAGGUGAACAGCUAGAAUACCUGAGACAGCAGCUGUAUGGAAUACAGUGAUGUCAGACAUGCAGUCUAAAGUACUUCUAUAAAAACAUUUUAUGUACCACCAAACGUUUUGUAAUCCUGGAAUACAUAGUUCCAAAAAUCUCUUUAUCUGUGAGUCAGCUGGACCAAGGCUUGCCACGGGCAUCAAGUGUAAAGGGAUUGCAAAAGGCAGGUCAUAGUGGGCUAUGAAGAUCCAAUAAGGAUGCUUAAAAUUUCUUAUUAUCUGGAAGCUGUUGUUUAAUCACAUGAAGCUCUGGCAGUUUUGCUGUAAAAUUACAUUAUCAUCUCCUAAAUAAAUAGUACAGAGGCUUAGCCAGACAUAAAACUCUCCAAAGAAAAGGUGGAAAUACUCUUGACUGUGAGAGAAGUGUCAGCAAUCUAUUGGAAACUACAUCUGUCUUCCAGCAUAAGACAGAAUGAGCAGCUGGGAAUCAAACAGUAUCUGUACUGUGAAACCAAGAAACUGAAAUGCAAAUUGACUAAGCAUAGGGCUGCUUUUAGAGCCAUUCAGCUUCCAUUUCCCAGAACAGAGGUACUGUGGGGGACUGUGCUGGGGGAGGGUGUUGCAUGGCGAGGAACCUCCAGCUGCUUCUCCUACCCUGUGAUGUGGCGCAUACAAAAGUAUGGCUGAGCCUUCUGGAACACCUCCAUAUACCUAAAAACCCUGCCAGGGUUUGUGCAGGAGGCACAAGACACUGAGAUGUAGAAGGAAAAAACGGAAUAGGCAGCAGAAUGUUCAUUGUAGAGCAAACUGUAGAGUGGUCAUACUUGACAGAUCAGCCUGUUUUCAGAGGCAGCCACGUUGUGCCCACGCUGCCAUCAUCUCAUGACUGCUUGCUCUGCCUGUCCUUCACAGACACAAUGUGGCUGUGUUUUCUUCCUCAUUUAGUAGAAGCAGUAGACAUUCUUUUACCACUUCCUUUGAAACCUGGCAGAGGUAAGCAACUGCAUUUCUGAAUUGGCCAUUUUGCAUCUGCUGUCACUUUUUUUGUUUUUACUAUUCAGUAGCAGAAGAAAAUAUUUUUAUUUACUGAAUACAAAUCAGGACAGGAAUGGAAAUUCAGGAAAAAACAACAGAACUGAUCUAGGCUGCAAGAUGUAGAAGAAGAGGGCUUUGAGGAAGUAUCAUUGAAGGGACAGCCAUAGAAAGACUCUAUGCACAUUCUAUUUUGUAUAAAAUGGAGAAAACAAUCAUAAAUAUAGGUUAGGAUCUCAGAAGGUGGGCCACAUGUCAAAGGGCUGUUGCAUGACCCUGUUUCUGUACAGAUGGCCUUCACAAAGCAACUCUGGAGUCUAAAAAAGGUGGCAGUGGCGUAAAUGUUCAGUCAUGGGUGGUCAUGUGUUUGAGCUGAACCCUGCUUUUCAGAGUUCUAGCAGCCACUGUGGCAAGCCAGCUAUCUUCAGAUUAUGUAUGGAUAAAGUUAUGAGUAUGCACAGUGGGAAGAGGAUUAAAACUUGCUAUGAGUGGAUUCAGAAAGGGCAUUGAAGAAAAGCAAACUAUAAGAGUAUUUCAAUAAAAUGUGUUGUCUUUGAUCCUGUGCAGUCAUUCUUUCUAAAUUAAAUCAGCAAAUGUUAGAGGAGUGAUCUAACCGGACCCAAUGAGAAGGUGCUAAGAACAGCAGAAGAUUUGGGUACUAAAGGGGUAAACAGAAAAGAUGUUCCACAGAUUAAGUGCUGGCAGACAGUACCAUACUGAAAUGAGCUAUGAUGGCUGUACCUUUGCCAUAUAUUUACUUCUGUCUCCUAGGAAGGCAAUGCUAGGAAUCAUUUGAUAAUUGAAAUUGCCAUUCAGUCAGGUAUGGUGGGCUUCUUUUCCAGUUUUCCUGCUACAUCGGUUGUAAUUAGAUUUAGAUUUAUGAAAUUCUUUAGAUUAUGACACCCUCUUUAUUCAAUGGAGAAAUCCUUUGAGGAGAUACUCUACUUGAAGAAAACUGAGUGCUCUGUUUUGGGCAAAGGCUGUACUAAGAAAUCUGUGUCCUGUCAAUAUGGUAGUGAUGAUGAGCUGAUCGCUAAAAAAGACACCCUCAAGUGAUACUUUUAUAAUUUUAAAAACAAAGUUUAAUUGUUAAAAGUUUUCAAUGUCAAAAUGCAUCAACUCUUUAUUAGAUGAAAAAGUCCUCUCUGUUAUAGGUAUUUACUGAUUAUCAACUCUUCUUGGAUUUUUUUAUGAAUGCUUGUUAUCAGCCUCAGAUCUCUGAGAAAAACUUCCAUAAAAUAUUUGCUUUGGAAAUAAAUAUAAAAGCAUAAAAAAAGUCGAAAAUCCUUGUUACUAGAAGCCUAAACGUAGUAGGUGAAACAUUAGAGCUAUUAACCUUGUGAACUUCUCUCUCUUCCCUCAAGUCUGGCUACUAGUACAGUUUUGGCUGAGACUGGCAUUUAUUAGGCCACGUAGUAUUAAGCCCCUUUUGUUUUUAACAUGCAUUUCAAUUCCAGGCUAAAUUAUUUUUUUGAGGGCUGUGAUGAAAAUAUUUCCAAGAUAUUGCUGAAGAAUGCAGGAUUUACAUAUGCUGCUGAAAGGGGAAAUCUGGCUAUACAAACCACCAGUUAGAAUAAAACUAGCUACCUAUUAGUUGUAUGUAACUUAACAGUUAAUUCAUGGGCAUUGUUUGGAGGGUAAGCCACCAAUAUCCUGGAUUGCUGGAGUGCAAGGAAGUCUAACUGGUUUUAUUUGCAAUUUCACAGUGUGAAAAAUGGAGUCCUUGCUGAAAUCUUAAUUUAUUUUAAUCAACGUUAAUUAGAGCUCUUCAGGAUUUUAAACACUGGCAAAAAUUCAGUGGUUGCUGGUUAACUAGUAAAUAUCUUAAGAUGUGGACAGACAAAUGAAUUGUUUAACGGUUCCCAGUAUAAUUAGCACGCUGUUAUAAAACUCUGUACCGUUUGGGGACAUUUUCAUGCAACAAAACCAGAAGAGCCUAUUGAAACUCCCUCACCACAUCAUAUCUUCCAGCAUUUUGUUUACAGUUUUGAUAACUUGAAGAGGUUUAAGCGUGUAGCCAGGCAGGAGGCUCCCGUAGCAUAUCGGAUCUCCUUCAGUAUGCCAAUCCAUUCCUUCUUUUCAUCAUCAUACCUGCAUUUAAAAAAACAAAGUUAGAAAAUAGCUUCUUAGUUUCAUGCUUCAGCACACAUACAUGAAAAGGAGGAUAGUGCACCUGUUGCAAAGGCUUGUAGCAGCCACGUGCUAAAGGAUGCCACAGAAGGCUGCUUUUGUCCUCUAGAUCAGAACGGAAAGAUGUUCUUGUGCCUGAGUUGUCCUUUUCCUGGUCCCUAAAGCUUGUUGCUGGCUCUGUCAUGCUUUAAUUACUUCUAUAAAGCUUCCUCUUUGUCUUAAGUA